AUGAAUAGUUUAACUCCAUCAAAUUAUGAACCAUCAAACGAUUUUUAAUUUAAUUGGAAAUAAGUUGUAACUUAUAGUACAAUAGAAUAAUCAAUAGAUAAUCGGCUUUUCUUAAGUAAAAUAGUUGGAUAAAAUAAAUUCGAUCUAAAUUAUUUAUUAUAUGAAAUUAGAGCAAUACAUUAAAUAUUACAUCUAGAUAAUUAUAGACCAUUAGAUCAUUCAAUUAAUCUUUAAAAUUUAGAUAUAUCUAAUUUAAAUCAUGGUUUUUUAUAGAAUAGUUUAAUUGUUAGAUUAAAGUUACUUCAUAAUGAAAUAUCAAUAGAAUCUAAUUCUUGGUUUCAUAGUUCAGGAUUAUUAUAAUUUAGAGUAUUCUAUUUUUAAUCUUUAUGUUUCACCUUUUCUAGAAAACAUUUUGAAAAUAUGUGUUGUGAAUCAAGUAAUCUUUUACAUCUAGCUGAAAUUGCUUUAAAAUAAAUAUCUUAUGAUCAUUAAAGUGAUGCACAUCGUUUGAAAGCAUUUCAAAUAUUAUAAAAACCUUUUUCAUUAUUUGAAUUGAAAUCUAAUGUGAAAUCUAAUUAAAUUAAUUAAAUAGUAAGCUCAUUUUUCUAUGUGUCUUAAUAUUAUAGUAUAUAAGAAAAAGAAUAAUAUUUUAAGAAUAUUCUGGAUCUAUUUGGAGAAUAAGUAAAACCUUCUUUGGCAGUGUUGGCAUUAAUCCAUUUUUAUCUUUCUAAAGGAUAAAAGGAAAUUGUUGAAUUAAUAAUUAAGACAUCUGUUAAAUUGAUUCAUUUAGAUUCAUAACUAUUCUAAAAUGCUCAUUUAUCAUUUGUAGAUGAUUUACAUAUUAGUAUGCUUGAAUGUAAUUAAGAUGUACUUGAAUAUCUAUAUCCUUAUGAUUGUUUAUUUAAAAGAACAACAGAUAUUAGAUCUUUUUCAUCAAAUCAACAAAUUUUAAAUCUUAAAUAUUUAAUUUACAAUUAAUUUUUUCAUCAAGAUCCAGAUUUCAAUAUUGAUAUAUUAGAAGAUCAUUUUAAAUUAUUUGCAUCAUAUCCUUAAUUGAUAAAAUUAAAGAAUAUUUACUAAUUAUACAUAUCCAUACAAAAAUCAAUUAAAGGUGAAAUUACCUUUGAAGAAAUCGACAUGUAAAUUUAAAUAUUAUUUAGAUUCAUUAAAAUGUAAUUUGAAAAUAUAACUGUUUAUUCUUCAAUUAUUAAGAGUCUUUUGGCAAGAUAUUAUAUUAAUUUAAAAGACUAUGAAGAAGCAAAACCAUUGCUUGAAGAACUAAUCUCAUUUCUUUAUACUAUAUAAAUGAAAUCUAAUUUUAUACUCUAUGUUGAUAAAGCUAAUUAUGUAAAUAUAUUAUUCAAUAAAUUAUGAUAGAAAAUUUACAAUAAUAUGCCUAUUUUUAAAGGUCUUUUUGAUGUUUAAUAAUUACAGAUAAUAACAGAAGAUUCUGAUAAUCAAUAUUACCAUUUAAUUGAUGAGUAAUUCAUAUAAGAAACAAUCAUAAAUUAUUUAGAGGUUUUAGCUAAUACACAAAAUGAAAAAUUCAAUAUGCCAAGUAUUUAGGCUAUACUUUCAUUUUUCUUUUAAGUUAAAAAUUUUGCAACUCAACAGAAUUUAUUUAAAGUAUUAUCUUAGAUAUUUUUGUGUUAUUCUUCUCCUAUUGGAGUAGAACUUGUUCAAGAAUAAAUAGGAAGCACAUAUGAGUUAUAAGUAAUAAUUCAAAUCUAAUUAAGAUAUAAAAUUAUGUUUAAUAAAGAAAUUAAAUGAAGGAAAGAUUAAAUCAUUUAUUUUUAAUAAAAUAAUUAAGCAUCGAGGAAAGCAAUAGAAUUAAUUCUCAUAUUAAUCUAUAUAAUUUUGCCAUAGGAAUUUAUGAAGGGAUUAAUAAAGGAAUCACCAACAAAACAAUAUUAACUUGGAGUAUUUCUGCUGCUGAAAAAGCACUUAUUGGAUAUAGAAUAGUGAGUAAAUAAUUUCAAAGAUAAAUUCAUUAUCAGAUUGCAGAUCUUCAUUUGAUUUUAACAGAUUGUUUUAUAUAGUUGGAAUAAUUAUCAACUAUCAUAUUUCAUUUAGAAGCUGCAGAAGAUGAAUUAAUGAGUUGGUUUAAAUAGAAUAAACAUCCUCUAAAAGCUCAUUUCUUAAUGAAAUAAGGAGCUUUAAGACCUUGGAUAUAAGAAUAAUUUAUUUUAUAUAUAUCAUGGAUGAAUGAAUUACCUCGAUUAAAUAGAUUAAAUAUUUUCACCAUAAUUAGAGGGUUAUUACUUUAAAAUAGAAAAUUAUUAUAAAUAUUUGAAUAGAAUAAUUAAGACCUUAUAAAUCUAGAAAUCAAUCUUCUUUUUUAUUUGAAAGGUUUGGAUGAGACUUAAUAAGUAUAUGUUGAUAUAUUUUAAUUAUGUAAAAAUAAUGAUCCUGAAUUAAUAUUAAAGCAAGUGACUACAUUAUCAGCUUUCGAUUUUAAUGGAGUAAAUAUUUUAAUGGAUGUAAUUAUUAAAAUUAAAUAUUUAGGCUUAAGCAAUAUUUUAAACUUUCAAUUAAAAUAAUUGUUUCACUUAAAAACUAUAAAUAAUGAUAGAUUAAAUGAUUUCACAAUAAAUUAUUUGA